GUCUGUUUUCAAACGUUGCUAAGGAAGUAGGCGAGCUACUUUUAAAUAAGCCACAGUGAAACCAAACAACAGUAAACGAGAGGUGUAUGUCACUUAGCAAUGAGCCAGCCCCAUCCACCUGACCACGGCUGGUCUCAGACAUGAGGAGAGGAUGACUGAGAAUGGAGAGGACAGCCCCCUCCAUCAGUCCUGUGAAGUAGCUGGUAAAGGAGAUUCAGUUGUCAGUGACAGCAGGCGACUCGCUCCCUCCUCAGAAGAUGCCAAAUCGUGCAAGGAGCACAAAGAUGUCCUUAAAUUCACUGCUAAAAACACAGAGGGAGAGAUUGGACCGUACCAGCCUCGGCCCCCCUCACUGCCGCGGCUGUCAAAAUCCAGCAAAAGCAGCUCAGUGGAGGAGACCGUGAGAACCAGGUGGCUGAGAAACAGCCAGGAGAGUCUGAGUGACCCGGCUGAGACUGGCUCCUCCACGGACUCGCUUAAAGACAACCAAACAGCUCCAGGUGGGCUUGUCCUCAGCGCUGCUGCCACCACCGGGAAUGACCAGGACUCCAAAGUGAGACCCCGCUCUGCUGUUACGACAGGAUCCCCAGUCUUCCGGGACAGGGGGAGCAGUCUGUCUGACUAUGAAAGGAGGCCCCCCAGCCAGCAGAGCGACCCCACAGACCACCGGAUGAGGUCCGCAAAGGUGCGUCUGACUCCCGUGCAACCCACGGGGCCGUUGCCUGCUCUGGAGAAGAGCUUUGCGUCAGCCACUUUGAGGGCGGCUAAUAGGAUUGACAGGGAUUGUUUGGAUUAUGCCAUGUUGGCCAGAGAGAAGCUCGGGGAGAGACUCCACAGGAACCUGAGCGACAGCCGGCUUCUGGAGAACAUGGGGUCGGAUAGUGCCUCUGUCAACUCCAUGAGGUCCACCUACAGUGUGCUUAGCCCCAUCAGACCCCAGGAUGUGAGGAACAGGAGCUUUCUGGAGGGCAGCCUGCUGGGAAGCGGCGCCCUGCUCGGUGCUGAGGAGCUGGAUCGCUACUUCCCGGACCGGAGAGUGGGCCUCUACAUAGCCACAUGGAACAUGCAGGGAGAGAAGGGACUUCCAGCCAACUUAGAUGAUCUCCUCCUACCAACAGACUCUGAAUUUGCACAAGACUUUUAUAUCAUUGGGGUCCAGGAGGGUUGUCCUGACAGGAGGGAGUGGGAGACCCGUCUUCAGGAGACUCUGGGACCUUACUACGUCAUGCUGUACGCAGCAUCACAUGGUGUUUUGUAUCUUACCGUAUUUGUCAGAAGAGAUCUCAUCUGGUUCUGCUCAGAGGUGGAGCACGCCACGGUCACAACCAGGAUCAUCUCUCAGAUCAAGACCAAAGGGGCGGUGGGAGUUGCCUUAACCUUUUUUGGCACUUCCUUCCUCUUCAUCACAUCCCAUUUUACCUCUGGAGAUGCCAAAGUUUACGAGAGAAUACUAGAUUACAACAAGAUCGUCGAGGCUCUAGCUCUUCCAAAAGGCCUUCCAGACACCAACCCUUACCGCUCCACACCAUCUGACGUCACCACAAGAUUCGAUCAGGUCUUCUGGUUUGGAGAUUUUAACUUUCGGCUGAGUAAGGACCGAGUCGACGUGGAGACCAUCAUGAACCGCACAGUCAACGGAGAUAUGGGCCCACUGUUGGAGCACGACCAGCUAUCCAAGGAAAUGAAUGACGGUUCAAUCUUUAAAGGCUUCCAAGAGGCACCAAUACACUUCCUCCCCACAUACAAGUUUGAUAUCGGCUAUGAUAUCUACGACACAACUUCUAAACAGAGGACGCCUUCAUACACAGAUAGGAUCUUGUUCAGGAACAGGCAGGCUGAUGACAUAAAAGUGAUCAAGUACACCAGCUGCUCCGGCAUCAAGACCUCAGACCAUCGGCCCGUCAUCGGUGUCUUCCAGGUCAAACUCAGGCCGGGCAGAGACAAUAUUCCCCUGGGAGCGGGGCAGUUUGACCGAGGCUUGUACUUGGAGGGCAUCAGGAGGAGGAUCACCAGAGAGCUGAAGAGGAGGGAGGCCAUGAAGAACCACAGCAGCAGCACCAUCUGCACCAUCUCCUAAAAUCCUAAAAUGAGCUCUCCAGACCAGACUGGAGUAGACUGAACUAUGCCAGAGAAAUGGAAUAUAAAACCAGGCGGCAGAAAAGGACCAAAAGGAAACCAGCGUUGUCUUAACUUAUCAGAGCCCAGCGCUCGUUGUGGUAACUAGGCAGAGCGCGCCCUCUGUUGGGCGUUGUUGGGAACUGUCUGUGUGUGUGCGUGUGUGUCCUGGUGGAAGUGGCUGGCUGUACUUGAGGGCCGGGACCUUGAGUUCAGACAGCCACAGCAGCAGUAGUCUGGCCUUUAUUUAUUCAGCCCCCUCUACUCAAACAUGACUGAGGCAGACAAACGGUGGAGGGGAGGGGGCUGCUAUCGUGGCUUACUCUUCAGACACAUCCAGUCGUGUGAACUGACCUAACCUUAAAGGCUCUGUGUAACUGCACCUGUAUUCUAAUUUUGAGGGUAUUUAAAAAGCAUCAUGAACCACAAUGUUAUGUUUUUCUGAAUGCUCGAUUAGUGUUCACAUGCCUUGUGAAUUUGUCAUCAGGCAGCUGACCAAACGAUUUCAUUUUGGUGGCACAUUUUGGUGGCACAUUUUGGUGCGCUUUCUAACAUAAUUUAGGCGCCUGCCUUUGGCCGAUUUUAACUUGAAUUUUGUUCGAUGCUAAGCUGUGAGAUACAAUAUGACUGAAGAAGGGAGCUUGAGAUGAAAUACGUCAUUUCAAGAGCAUGACGCCGAAGAACGCCAGUCAGGAGGUUGUUACUACUUGUUACAUGAUACUGUUGAAUUUCAGGGAGAUCAAAUGUUUUUUCACUUCCUAUGAAAUAGAUGGAGCAUUUUAUUUAUACUGUUAACGCCUGUCACUACUUUUCCUCUUCUUAGGCCAAGUGAUCUUUUGCAACAGACUGUAACUCAAUGCCUUACCUCUCAUCUUGCUACCGUGUAACCUCAUAUAUACUAUAUACUGUCCAUGUACUGCAUUAAUGAACUUGCAUCCCAGCAUGAAGAGCAGUUUGCUCAAAAAAAAAGUGCCUGUGGGUCUUGUUUUUCAUUUCUUCAGGACCUCUUAUCUUUAUCUUUUUAUAUGUCAAAUAACAUCACGUAAUAAACAAUUUAA